AUGAAGCCGCCAACGCGAAUAGACCUCCGGCUGCUACCGCGAGCCCUCCAUGGCACCGUUCAACCUACUCGCGCCAUUCACUCUACCAUCGCGAGAGCAGCCCAGGUGGCCCCUGUCCUCGGCACAGGACCGCCUCCGGAGCCGCCAACGGAGGCCGUUCGAAGCCUCAACGAGAGAAUUGAGCGACGCAAGCGACAGGCCGAGAUGCUCAAGACGGCCAAAGUGAUACGGAAUGCCAAGGACGGAAAGGCGACGACGCUGAGGAAGAGAUUCUGGAAGGAUACCAGCGUCCAACAAGUUGAUGGCGCACUACAAGUUUUCCUCGACACGCGACCGCUGCGACACCCCGAUACCAAACAAAUCAUCCGACUCCCCCUCUCGAAGCCAAACCUGGCCGCCGCCAUCGCACUCGAGUGGGAUCUCCUAACCUCGACGAAGCAGGCCACGAAGCAGCACCUCAUCCCUCUCACGAGUCUUGCCUGCCGGGCCCUCGACAUUGCCGACGACGACGUGGCUGCACCAUCGGGCUCAGCCAGCGUCAAGAUUCGCAAGCAAAUCUCGACGACGCUCAUGCGGUAUCUCGACACCGACUCGCUGCUCUGCUGGGCGCCGCCGGCCGGGAAGUACGACCUCCGCAACGAGGACGGAGAGUCGUUGCGAGAGGCCCAGAAGCGGGUGGCGGAGGCGACGGUGUCCCUAUUGACAAGCCAUGUCUGGCCGGGCGUCACGCUCGAACCGGUUCUGGACGGACACGCCAUCAUGCCCCGAAAGCAGGCCAACGGAGUGAGGGAGGUGGUGCAAGGUUGGGUCGAGGGCUUGAGCCCGUGGGAGAUUGCCGGGCUCGAGAGAGCGACACUCGCCGGCAAGAGCCUCGUCGCUGGUGCGCGCCUCGUCGUGGAGUGGAGCGAGGGGCCUGUUGGUCUGCGCCGAGGGUACGCUGAGGGCAAGUUUGGCGUCGAGGAGACGUCCAAAGCUGUGAAUCUCGAGGUGGACUGGCAAGCGACCCAGUGGGGCGAAGUCGAGGACACGCAUGACGUGAACAACGAAGACGUCAGGAGGCAACUCGGCAGCGUUGUGCUGCUGGUGUCGGGAACCGGAAAAUCGUAG